CCUUGGGCGAUGUCACGCAUUGUAGAGAUCACCAUUUUAUCAGCGGAAGAUCUCAGAAUCAAUGGAAAGCCCUUGAAGAAGAAGGCGUUGGUGUCAGUUGGAGGCACUGAGACAAAAAUGAGCACAGAGGGUGGGAGCUGGCCGUCAUGGAAGGAGAAACUUGUGGUGGAAGUGCCGCUGCAUGCAAGCUUUAUAGUGGCCGAGGUUAAGUGCAGAAGCUUGACCGGAAUGAAGAGCAUAGGGAUGGCAAGAGUGCCUGUAUCGGACUUCGUCGGAGGGUAUGUACCGGAGAAUGAAGUGCAUUUCCUGAGCUACAGGAUGUGGGACAGUAGAGUGAGAAGAAACGGCAUUCUUAAUAUUUCGGUGAGGGUGAAGGCCGUACCGCCGGUGAAAGGCAUGCCCAUAUGCAUUGGCAGCAACGCUUUGACCGGAGUUGCUACUGGCAUUCCGGUUUGCUAUAAUUAAUUGAUUGGAUGACCAAACAAGAAUACGCACAGAUCCCAGUGUCAACAAUUUUCCACUAUACCCAUCACCACAAUUUUAUUCAUCUGACGUUGAAUUUUGCCGCGUGCAUAUCCUAUAUAGGAUUGGACAGGCAGAUAGAUAUAUAGAGGGACAUCAUUUGGAGGAAAAUCCAGCACAACCGGUGGAAUAGCAAUAUCCUGUACAAUGCACUUAUUUUUUUAUGAACAUAAAACAUUGUUUUUAAUGUUCUGUGGUUGCACAAGCGCAAGGCUUUCAAUAGCACUCAUUUGUGUGCUUCAUCAUUUUCUAUA